AUGGCUCAGUCUCCUAUGCUGUCGUGCCCCUUGAAGCAGACGAACGAGAUCGACUGGACUCAGCCCCUCAAAGAUUACAUUCGGCAAACAUAUGGCGAAGAUCCAGAGAGCUACAGUUCAGUGUGCGCAACGCUGAACCGCCUCCGGCAGGACAUGAGAGGUGCCGGUAAGGACAGCGCUACUGGACGUGAUCUGUUGUAUCGAUACUAUGGCCAGCUAGAACUGCUGGACCUGCGCUUUCCUGUGGACGAGAACCACAUCAAGAUCUCAUUUACAUGGUACGAUGCAUUUACCCACAAGCCAACAUCUCAAUACUCCCUUGCCUACGAGAAAGCCUCCAUUAUUUUUAACAUCUCCGCUGUGCUCUCCUGCCAUGCCGCGAACCAAAAUCGGGCAGAGGACCUCGGCGUUAAGACGGCAUACCACUCCUUCCAAGCUUCUGCCGGCAUGUUCACGUAUAUCAAUGAGAACUUUCUGCAUGCGCCAUCCACGGACUUGAAUCGUGAUACGGUCAAAACCUUGAUUCAUGUCACGCUGGCUCAAGCUCAAGAGGUCUUCUUGGAGAAACAAAUCCAAGAUAAGAAAAAACCAGGAUUUCUCGCCAAGCUCGCGAGUCAGUCCGCCUAUCUCUAUUCGCAAGCCGUCGAGACAAUGCAGGAGUUUGUGACCAAGAACAUCUUUGACAAAGUAUGGUCGAUUAUGGUACAGGCAAAGGCGGCGCACCUAGCCUCUAUGGCGUCAUAUUUCCAGGCAAUCGCCGACAGUGAAGGAAAUUCCCACGGUGUCGCGAUUGCCCGGCUGCAGAUGGCAGAGAAGCAGGCCACGACAGCGCUUACCUGGGCCAAGUCCUUCCCAAACUCGGCUUCUGCCUCCUCCAACUUGCCGGCGGAGGCGGGGGCUAAUCUGGUAGAACUUGUCAAGCACAACCUUUCCAAUGUGCAAGAUGUGCUGGCCACAAUGAUUAAGGACAACGAUUUCAUUUAUCAUCAACCCGUCCCAAAUGAGGCCGGUCUUACUGCGGUCCCCAAGCUCGCGGCGGCCAAAGCAAUCCCGGUCAGCGAGCUGUAUCAGGGACAGGAUAUCCAGCGUAUUAUCGGACCCGACAUCUUCCAAAAGCUCGUACCUUUCUCUGUCACUGAGACCGCGAGUCUCUACGAUGAAGAGAAAGCUAAACUGAUUCGCGCGGAAACCGAAAAAGUCGACACAGCGGACGGCGAGAUGGCUGCGAGCCUAGACUAUCUGAAGCUUCCAGGGAGUUUGAACAUCCUUAAAGGUGGCAUGGACCAAGAAAUGACCGUUGACGAGGAGUUUCGACGGUGGUGCUCCGAGCUCGCCGGUCACAAGCCUUUCCAUCGCGCUCUGGAAGAGCUUCAAGAGCGCAAGAAAGAGGUGCAGGCUCAGCUAGAUCACUGCUCAAAACAGCUAGACUUGGAGGAGAGUGUUUGCGAGAAAAUGCGCUCCAAAUAUGGCGCCGACUGGAGCCAACAGCCCAGCAGUCGCCUGAACACCACUCUCCGUGGAGAUAUUCGCGCAUAUAGAGAUACCAUCAGCGAGGCUAGCGCCAGCGACACUCAACUUUCUGCAACUCUUCGACAAUACGAACCAGACUUUGAUCAGAUGCGAUCGGCAGGGGAAACAGACGAGGCUGAUGUGCUGUACCAGCAGGCAUUAAUCAAGGCCGGGUCUAAACACAACAAAGGCAAAAAUGGCGCCACGAGUCCGGCAGAGGGCAGCCUUUUGGACGAUGUCUACGAUGAAGGUAGUGUGUCUGUGGCCGAACAGAUUGCCAAGGUAGAGGGGAUUUUGAACAAGUUGAAUCUGGUCAAGCAAGACCGGGCGACGACUUUGAAAGAUUUGAAGGAAAAGGUCCGGAAUGACGAUAUUUCCAACGUCCUCAUUUUGAACAAGAAGACCAUCGCCGGACAGGAGAACCAGCUUUUCGAGACCGAACUUGAAAAAUUCCGGCCUCACCAAACUCGGCUUCUACAGGCCAAUCACAGACAAUCGUCCUUGAUGAAGGAGCUGACCAAGACAUACGCUGCUCUGCUGCAAGACAAGCGAGUUCAGUCUGAACAGUCCAAAUAUGAAUCGAUUUCCAAACAGCGAAACUCCGUGAUGGCUCGAUACAAAAAGGUCUAUGAAGCGUUCAAUGGCCUCUCGUCGGGCAUUUCGCAGGCUCGUACAUUCUACAAAGACAUGGCCGAGAACGUGGAAAGUCUGCAAAAGAAUGUUGAGACAUUCAUCAGUAAUCGCCGAUCAGAGGGUGCCCAACUUCUUAGCCAGAUUGAACGGGACAAGGCCAGUGGGGUGGCCGAGCAGGAAGAUCGUGAGCGAGAGAAGCUUCGCCUGUUAAUGGAGCGGCUCUCUACUGACUCCAAGGGGCCAUCGACUUCACCAUCUACUGGAGCCGCAAUGGCUCCCCCUUCCAAAGUCAAAUCACCUCCGCCCCCCGUCCAGACGCCAUCCUACUCAAUGACUGGUCCGUCGCCCCAGAUGUCGCCGCGCUAUCCACCGAGCAUGUCGGGCGCGCCACAGCAGGGUGCACCUCUCUCACAAUCGCCCGCGGGUUAUGGACAAUAUGUGGGUGGUACCUCUGGAUAUGCCUCUGCUCAGCCUUUUCAACAAGGUGCCGCGGCUCCUCUUUCCGAGGGAUAUAACCCCAUGGCCUAUCCAUAUCAAACGCCCGUCUCCCCUCCGCCCAAUCAGCAAUACUUUUCUCACACCCCAGCCCCGUACAGCGGCUAUCCAAGCACGAGUCCUGCCCCGUCCGCUGCUGCCGUGACCCCGAAUUACAUGGCUCCGCAAGGGUACAUUCCUCCUCCGCCUCCUCCGCGACCCCAGCAGACUAACUACCCACCUUCAUCCGGUGGCGCCUACCCAUCUGGCCCCGGUGGAUAUGCGCAAGCUCGACCCUAUCCUCACCACAAGACGCCAUCUCAAUCCCAGUCGCAACAGCCUCCGAGCGCCAACGAUCCAUGGGCUGGGUUGAAUGCAUGGAAAUAA